AUGGCGUCGCAAGAGAAACCUUCCUAUACCACUCAACCGCAUGCAUUCCUCCUUACUCCCGAAGAUGCAGCCUCUCAACUUUCUACCAACCUCGAAACGGGUCUCACAGCGCGACAAGUCCAAACCAUUCAAGCGUCGCAUCCCCCGAAUGAACUCAAUACUGGCGGUUCCAUAUCCUGGUAUAAAAUCCUUCUCAAACAAAUUUCCAAUGCCAUGAUCCUCGUUCUCGUAUUCGCUAUGGCGCUUAGUUUCGGCGUAAGUGAUUACAUCGAAGGAGGAGUUUUGGUUGCCGUCAUUACGUUGAAUGUCCUUAUUGGAUUCUUCCAAGAAUUUAGCGCAGAGAAAAAAAUGGAUUCGCUGAGAGCGCUUUCUUCUCCAUCAGCCUCGGUAUUAAGGGAUGGAUCGGUGAUUGUGGUUCCAAGUCCGGAAGUUGUGCCAGGUGAUAUCGUACUCCUGAAAAUGGGCGAUACCGUACCGGCAGAUCUGCGCAUUUUCGAAGCGAUGAAUUUAACGUGUGAGGAAAAGAGUUUGACGGGUGAAUCUGAACCAGUGGAGAAGAUUACUUCGAAUGAAAUUUUUGUGCCGGGGACCGAAGAGAGAGCGACAACUGAAGAACAAGUUGGCAUUGCCGAUCGUAACAAUAUGGCAUAUUCUACCACGACGGUUAUCAAAGGUCGCGGAAGGGGUAUUGUCGUAUUUACGGGUAUGCAGACUGAAGUUGGAAAGAUUGCGGCUUCGACUACGAAGAAACAGCGCAAGGACGGACGAUCGAUGAACUAUAAGAAAUAUGGAAAAAUACAGCCAGUUAAGGGAGCUGCUAGACGUACUUACGAUUUUAUUGGAAAGUUUUUAGGACUUACUGAAGGUACUCCAUUGCAAAGGAAGUUAAGCAAGGUUGCGUAUCUCCUCUUCGGAUGUGCUAUCUUACUAGCAAUUGUGGUUUUUGGUGUGAACAGGUUCAAUGUUACUGAUGAAGUAGCUAUUUAUGCUAUUUCCACAGGUAUUGCUAUUAUUCCCGAAUCUUUGAUCGCGGUUUUGACAAUUACAAUGGUUGUCGGUAUGACCGUUAUGCGUAAAGCCAACGUUGUCGUCCGAGAUCUCUCAGCACUCGAAGCACUUGGUGGAGUAACAAAUAUCUGCUCUGAUAAAACUGGCACACUUACUCAAGGAGCCAUGAUUGUUAAGAAAGUAUGGCUUCCCAAAGUUGGAAUUUAUACCGUGAAUAACUCCAUGGACCCCAACAAUCCUACAGAAGGUACCGUCACUAAAGCAGCACUUACAUCCGAGGGUACUCAAACUCCAUCUUCUAGCGAGAAUACUGUCAUAGAUUUCGAUAAUCAACGAAGUGCAGCUGCAUUAAAAUUUGAUAUUCCAGUUGAAAAGGCUGCUAGAGAUCAAAACAAGAGUUCAUCAUCGAAAAAUGAAGAACCAGCUGAACUUAUACCAGAACUCGAGAGUUUUCUUCAAUCUGCCGCACUGUGCAACCUUGCUACUGUCAAAAAUGAAGUUGUGGAGGGUGAGAUGACAAGAAAAUGGAAAACAACUGGAGAGCCAACAGAAAUUGCGCUGCAGGUAUUCGCUCAUCGAUUUGAUUCUGGAAAGAGAGUUCUUGAAAAUAAAGGAUGGAAACAAGUCGCCGAAUUCCCAUUCGAUAGUAGCAUUAAGCGAAUGUCCGUGAUUUAUCAACGACCAGAUGGGGAGCGUAUGGUUUUCACAAAAGGAGCUGUCGAAAGGAUAUUGGAUCUUUGUACCUCUGUUGGAAGUGGAGAUACAAAUGAGAUAAUGACGGAUGAAUUGAAGAAGGAAAUCAAUCAACAAAUGAAUAAAUUUGCUGAGCAAGGCCAGCGAGUCCUCGCUGUGGCAGCUAAGCCAUGGAUUGGGAAUACCUCAUCGGAAGACAAAAUUCGCGACGACGAAAAUGUACGCAUUGAAGUGGAACAAGAUCUUACGCUUCUGGGUCUAGUUGGAAUAUAUGAUCCACCUCGUGACGAAACCAAAGAUGCCAUCAGGGAAUGCACUCAAGCUGGAAUUAAAGUUCAUAUGCUUACAGGUGAUCAUCCUUCUACUGCCAAAGCAAUCGCACAGGAAAUUGGUAUUAUCCCGAGAAAUCUUGGUACUUUAUCUGCUGAUGUUUCUGCAUCUGUCGUUAUGAAAGCUACGGAAUUUGAUCAUCUCACUAACGAGCAAAUUGAUGCACUACCUACUCUUCCUCUAGUGCUCGCUCGUUGCGCUCCAGAUACUAAAACACGGAUGAUUCAUGCUUUGAGACGAAGAGGUCUCUAUAUGGCUAUGACAGGUGACGGGGUAAACGAUGCGCCGAGUCUUUCUGAAGCAGAUGUUGGUAUCGCAAUGGGUAUCGCCGGUUCAGACGUCGCCAAAUCCGCAUCGAAGAUUGUACUUCUCGACGAUAAAUUCAAUAGUAUCGUAGCCGCUAUCCGCGAAGGUCGUCGCAUGUUUGACAAUAUCCAGAAAUUCGUCCUGCAUCUCCUCUCAUCCAACGUAGGCGAAGUCAUCUUACUUAUCGCCGGCCUAGGAUUCCAAGAUGUGAACAACCAAUCCGUCUUUCCAUUAAGUCCAUUGCAAAUCCUUUGGAUCAAUAUGCUUACAUCCAGUUUCCCCGCUUUCGGAUUGGGAAAAGAAAAAGCCAGUUCGACUGUUAUGAAACGUCCACCGCAUGAUAACAAACGAGGUGUUUUCACUAACCAAAUCCUCGUCGAUAUGAUCGUCUACGGUAUCCUCAUGGGAACCUGCACCCUCCUCACAUUCGUAAUCAUCAUCUACGGCGUCAACAACGGAAAUCUCGGCCAGGACUGCAACCGCAGCUACAAUCCCACGUGCGGGCCCGUCUUCCGCGCCCGCGCAGCCGUCUUCGCAGAACUAACCUGGCUCAUCCUCAUUUCCGCAUGGGAAUUCAAAUCCAUCCGUCGCAGCCUCUUUUCUCUCGACCCCUCAUCUCAUUCCCAACCUCAAUCCCCCUUCCCCAUUUACAUAUUCAAGGAUCUCUACUCCAACCCCUUCCUCUUCUGGGCCGUCGUAAUCGGCGCCCUCUCCGUCUUCCCCGCAGUCUACAUCCCCGGCCUCAACACCUCCGUCUUUAAACACGUCGGUAUAUCCUGGGAAUGGGCUCUUGCAAUCGGAGCGGUUUUUCUCUUUGUUUUGGGUAUAGAGGCUUGGAAGGGAAUUAAGCGGUAUUGGGGAUUAUUUGAACGGGAAGAGGGACAAGGGUAUGGUGGGGAAGAGGAGGAGAGGGAGAGGAAAUUAGGGUUGAGACAGGGGUUUUUUACGUUUGCGAAGUCGAGUGGUUCGGUGGGGAGGUUGUCGAUUGGGGAGAAGGUUGUCGAGAUGGGUGGGUUGGGGGCGGCCUCGACGAUGGGGUCGGUGGUGUUGAGGGAGAAGGAGAGGGAGAGGGAGAAGGAUUCGAGGGUGGGGACGGGGCUUAGUGGUGAGUCGGCGGUUUAG